GUACAAUCACAACUACAACACGAUUGCUAGCUGACCACAUGGAGGAUCAAUGCGGCCUCCGGUCCCGACCAAAGAAGGACGACCUACUCGCGUAGGCUCUGCUGAUCUCACAGCGACUGCUUCUAGCAGACCACCACUGCAGUGUAGCCGCUGAACAAGGGUAUCGAUUCGUAUAUCGCUUGUGGUACGAAGGAUCAGGCAAGUCCAAGACUGGUCUUCUCACGAACCGAUGGACUUGGCACGGCUGAAGCGGCGCGCUUUGGUGUGGCGGACAUAUAUAACCCACAUGGCCACGUUCCAUCUUACUCUUUUUGCCGCUUGGGCAGCAAGCUGCCUUGCUACAUCCAUCUGCGACAGUCCUCCCUAUGACCUGUUUCUUCCGCUGUCUGCUCUCCCCCAGGCCGAGAGCUUCUGCUCAUCUCUUUACCCCUUGCCCCCAUAUACCUCUACGGUCGAGGCACCUACUGCCACGAUUACCCAAACAAGCACUGUAACGACUACUUCGACGACAAUCAGCACUAGGAUCAUCAUUGAUUCUUCGACUACUGGACCCACCUCGACGUUCUUGGCGACUACUACAAUCACAGCUACGGUUUGCAGCCAAACAGCACCCUCAAAGAGAGGCCUGAAGGGACGUGGCCUCCAGAGACACGGCCGCACCACCUCUACCGAAACCGCAGCGGCUAGCACAGGAACACAGUCACCUGACAAAAAGACGACUUCUCUCUCGACGUCCGCCAGCAACGGACCAAUUGCUACAGGCGUGGGCGAUUCCGGACUACUGUCUUCCCUGAUCAGUCAAGAUGGAGCCGUCAUUUCUACCGUUUGCUCCUGCAUCGAAACGCCUCUGACGACGACUGUUACAACGACACCUACUGUCACGAUUAUAUCCACAUCCACAUCAACCGCCUUCCGGCACAGAAGGGUCAAAGUUACCUCAACGACGACGAUCACAGAGAGCACGACCGCAAUUCGAUCCACCACUACGACAUUCACGUCCACCACCACGGUGGCGCUCGCUGCGGUGGCCACGGACUGCACGCAAGGUAGCGAUUUUGGGGGUUUCACCGAAAUGUGCUCGACCGAUUGCAAUAGUGGAGGACCACUCGGUAACGGCAUUUUCUACACCACCGCCACCAACUUCUCCAACUGCAUAAAUACCUGCAUCGAGGAGGCCAAUCGACUGGCGACCACGCUAAACAAUAUCGCAUUCGACUAUUGCAGCGGUGACUGCAACUGUUUCAAUGAUGGCUCGUAUUAUAACAGCUCCAUCACCCCUCCCUUCAAGCCCGAUCCUCAAAUGGCUUGUGGCUUCAACCAGCAGGGUCUCGACAAGGUUUGACGAUGGCGAUUUGCCACGAUUUUCAUCUUGAGACAAUCGCGCUUCGCGUACUACAUCAUGUAUGUAGUAUCAGCAAAUACGACAGAAUCUCAUG